AUGAGUUCCCGUAGCGUGCGCAAUCAACCGGCGGCGACAGCUUCGGCGACUCCAUCUACCUUAAAUACCGGUCCAGCUCCCCCGAAUGCGCCCCCGACUGCUCGCCAGCUGUCAGAGCGAAGCUCUGUCUCGUCGGACGGAGACGAAAGCGACCUCAUCUCGGACACUUUGAGCGAAGUUGACAUCAAACGACGAAACGAACGCCCCCGAUUCGACUCACGGGCGUCGUAUGCGGAUUCGACGCGGUUCGAUCGAUUUGAUUCGCGUGCGUCCAUGAUGAGCAAUCGCGAAAGAUCGGACUCCCGUGCAUCGUCUAGCAGUCGUGCAUCAAACUCGAGUCGACGAAGUGCACGUGCGUCGGAGCUUCGCACGACAGCAUUGGGAACUUCCACUGGGAAAGCGCCAGAUUUGGACGCGAUCGACGAAGAAGACUACCAGUUUGUCUCCCCAUUUGCAGACUUUGACGCACACGAUCAACCGAUUCGCGAGCAGUUGCAGAAAGGCCUCGAGAUUGUUAACGAGCACACUUCGAAGCUCAAAGAAAUCGAAGAUGCCCUCUCCGCUGCAAUGUCCGAAGUGUGGGGGUACUGGGCGGACCCAAUCCAACUGCAUUUGCAUCCCGCAGAGCGCGUGGACGUCCAGGAUCUCAUUCGUACAGACAACGAACUGUUUAACAAAGUCCUGACCGUGUUCGCUGUGCUCUGUGAUGAGAUAUCUGAACUCAAAGUGACGGUUGAGGACAACUUUUACCCGGCGUUGAUCAUGUUUGGUCAAGCCAAGCAUGGAGACAAGGGCGACGUCAAGCCGGGCGAGGAUGAAGUACACAUUGGGCGCAUGCUCCCAUUUUUCCAAGACAUAUCGAAUUUCGUGGACCGCUGCAAUGCGAUUGCGACAAAUCUCGUCCAUCAACUCGCGUCGUUGUACCAGAGUAUUCAAAAGCUGUGGAAGUCGACGUUCAAGCACGUUCAUUUGACGAGUGUCUUUGACGCCUUUGCCCACGUGCUGGAAAUCCUCAUCACGCUCGACUUGAUUGUGCUCGACAACCCCAAUAUCGUGACGUCUUGGGACAAAUACAAGCGCAUGAUGCAGUACGUGCGGGCUGAUCCAGCCAGGUACAAUGUCACGGUCGAAAAAGUCAAGGCGUUUGAGCGGCUCUUGGUUAACUUGGACGGGACGUUUAUGGGUGCCAAAGUUUUCCAGACCUGCAUUGAACAAGAUUUUGAAACCACGUUUAGUUACGAGGACAGCGAAGACGAGGACGAGGACGACGAGCAGGAAAACAAUAUUGACGUUCGCAACAAUCGCGUGUUUUUGGACGAAUUCUUUCACUGCUUGACCAGUCGCUUCCAAGCGAUCGAAUCCGCACUCGGCACAGCCUCCGAAACAAACGAGCGAAUCCAAUUGGUCGGAGCGGCAGGCCUAUAUGUCGUGUUUCGAAAAUUGCUACCGAACAACGUACUACCCGACGUGGGGCUGUUCGACAAGCUGUGGCAGUUGCAACUCAAGGCCCCUGUCGUUGUAUUGUGUGGUCGCUUGAGCUGGCACUUGCCCGAAUUUUUGCUCAAAUAUGCCCCCCUCCAGUCCAAGACUGCUCAGCCUGUCGAUGUGGUGCAAGCCAGACGUGAAUACCUUGCCAAGUUUGACGACGUGUUUGAAGAUGAUGUUGUCUAUGUGCAAAGUGAAGUUCGCGCGUGGCUCGUGCGCUUUGAGUCGUUUUUUCAAAUGAGUACACGCGGGGGAGGUGACUCUGUGCGCAUAUUGGGGAUUCGAGGCAACUUAAUCGUGAAAGGGCUCAUUUUGGCCAAGCGCAUUCAAACGAUGAUGCAAACUAUGCUCCAGCUCCAUCUGCAACUGAAUAUCCCCAUGCCGAAACGCAUCUUGCGCCCGCUCUACCACUGCAUCGAAAUGAACAAGGCUAUCGAGUUUAUGCUGGCUCGGAAAAAUCCAAUUCUCGCCGAGAGUGCGGCGUUGAUUCUGCGACAAGUUGCACAUGCUCUCAUGUUGUUCUUCCGCCCAAUCAAGGCCAAGCUUGAAGCGAGCAAGCGUUUUGACGACACGAAAUUGGACGUACUGGCCGCCGUUUCCGUCAUGGAAGACAUUUUGCAUACGGGCGAGUCGUUUUCAUCAACCCGGUUGACGGUGCUAUCGCUUGCCGUCCAAAUUGCGCUCAUUUCGGACGAAGACAACGACAAAUCCAUAAAAAAAGCAGCCACGUCGUCGCCAACUGAAGCGCUCAAGUUGUUGUGGAAGCUCCAGUUGCUGUGUGACUUUCAGCGCAAGAUUCGCCUGGCGACCGACUGUUCGUUUUUAUACUGGAGCCGCGAGCUCCUCACUCUGUUUGUCCAAGACAUGUACUCGGUCCCAGAAAAUGCCAACCGCAUACAAUACGUGCUGGCUGGAUUUCUCGAUGCUAUCAAGGUGUUAAAGAUGGCGGGACAUGAGGAAAAUGCCGUCGCGUACUAUGUUGGCGCGUAUGCUGCCUUUGUCGAAGAAGUUGUAGAGGAGGAGCUCGUCGGGCCGCUCUGCAUGGACAUCGAGAAUGACCUGCGCUUGCAUGUCCACUCGGUGCAUCUCGAUCACAUGGAAACGCCCAACCCCAUUAACAACACGGAUUUUAAAGUGCUGCACUACUACAUGGAUCUCCGUCCGAUUCGUAUUUGGGGCAAGUGCAUCGACCUGCGCGACCGAGUCACGCAUUAUUUGGAGUCGACGUUUUACAAUCUCACGACGGUUGCGCUCCACGACUGGAAAACAUAUGGCGAGAUGCGCCAAUUGGCGUAUGACAAGUAUGGACUCUUUUUGGCCGAAAACCACUUGCCAAUGGGAAGUUUGGACCAAGGACUGGACGUGCUGCAGAUCAUGCGCAACAUUCAUGUGUUUGUUGGUCGAUACAACUACAAUUUGAACCAGCAGUUUUUCCUCGAACGGCGCAACGACAAAGGGUCGCGUCACUUGAAUGCGAUUUCAAUCCACUCGAUUGCAAGCAGCAUCCGCACACACGGCAUGGGUAUCCUCAACACGACCGUCAACUUUACGUACCAAUUCCUCAACAAGAAAUUCGAUAUCUUUUCGCAAUUUCUCUAUGACGACUACAUCAAGAGCUUCUUGAAGCGUGAAGUGCGGUGGUACAAGGCGCACAAAACCGAGACCCAGGACCACAAAUACCCGUACCAGCGCGCGUUUGAGUUCAACAAAGAAAUCCGACAACUCGGUGUGUCCGAUGCAGGGCGAACGUUCUUGGACCAAUAUCGUAUCCUCAUCACGGAAAUGGGGAAUGCUCUCGGAUAUGUCCGUAUGGUGCGGUCAGCCGGCAUGAACUACUGCAGCAAUGCGAUCAAGUUUGUGCCGGACUUGAACAAGCGCAACUUUGAAUUCGAAGCAAUGGCGACCGAAUUAAGCCCGGAAACGCGUGUCGCGGCCAAGAACGUCGACACGGUCGUGUCUAACCUGUCUCGCAAUUUCAGUGAGAACAACGACUAUUUUCACGUACUGGUCGAAGUGUUCCAGCAAGUUGUAUUGUCGCAAAAGCACCUUGGCCUUUUUUACCAGAUCGUGCCUGCGCUCACCAUCAACUUUAUCGAGACAACCGUCCAGGCGAAGGACCUCAUGUACAAGAACACACGCCGGCGCGAAUCGUACUUUACUGAUGACGGAUUUGCCAUCGGGAUUGCCUAUUUGUUGGCGAUUCUGAACCAAGGCGAGGCGUUUGACUCACUGCAUUGGUUUGAAGAAGUCGAACGCAAGUUUGAAGCAGAUGAAGCCGCGUUCAACAUCAAGCAGGCGGAGCGCGAUGCCCGCAAGCAAGCCAACAUGGAGAAGAACAAGAAAGAAACGACUGCCGACCUCAUCGAAGACGAGGAGGAGGUGCAUACACUCCAGCUCACCGCCAAGCGAAUCGAGUUGCACCGCAGGGAAUUUGACUUGCUCAACUGGUCGCUCAACGGCGCCCGCAUCUUUUUUAAGGACUAGGCAGCUGAACAAUCUGUGAUGGCCAUUGCAAGUGAUGGUAACUUUGCAACGAAUUUUCGUGUGUGCAUUGGCAUGCGGGUUUUGCGGUUUCAAGCGAGUCGAGAGGUACUUAUUGUGGCAGUCUUCAUGCACUGGGAUUACUCGGUCACAACAGAUUCCAACUGGAGUUAAUCGAGUUUGGUCGACUUGGUUCGUUUUUUGGGAUUUGCCAACUUGCCGUUCUUGAAGGCUUCUGCGAUGGCAGUGUCGUCGGCCUGUUCUUGAGCGUCGAGUUUCUUCAGUUCUUGCCAAAAGGGGUAGACAGCUUUGUACAUCUACAGCAUCGCCACGUGACGUUGUGGCGGCGAACGACGUCUACGUACCACCCAACAGCAGUGGAGAAACCCCACGAACAACACUACGAUCGAGAUAGCAGUGCUGUGCUGUUCAAUGAAACUCGGCGCGUGCUUGUUGUCGCUGGCUAUGGUGUCGAGACCACCCUCCAUGGCAAUUUUUUUUGAGUCACCGUGUAUUUCAUCUUCAACACAUUAAAUGACUUACAAAAUAUACAAGAUG